AUGCGAGAAGCCAAGCUCUCAGAAACACACGUCUCCUUGAUAUCCUGCGUUGGUACCCAAAUACGGAUCCUUAGAGGUCACCGGCUCAGGAGCCCACUCUCCCCGAAGGCUGGCAUACGAUAUGACGGACUAUAUAUCAUCCGGCGAUACAGUCAUAAGCAGAAUUUGCAGACUCGCCUGCAUCGAACCGUCAUCACAUUGGAGAGAAUCCCAGGCCAGCCGAACAUAGCAGACCUUGCCAAAGUGCCUCGCCCCUCGCAAGUGGAUGAUUGGUUGCUAUUUGAGAAAUUCGAAGGAGAAAUGAUUCGGCAACACCACGGCGAGCAAAGCUUCCUAGACUAG